AUGGUUUCAGUCAAGAAAGUAGUCAUGGCUAUCGCAGGCAUCAGCGUAUCAGCCGCUCUUGCCAGCAGCACAUUCCCAAUCAACACAAUACAAUUCAUAUCUUUCGAUGAUACAGACAGAGUCAUCACCUUUACCUCCCAUCCUCAGUGUGAGGAUCUUCCGGACAUUCACCACAAAGGUGGAGAGAAUUUCACUAUGGAAAUUCCUCUUAAUUGGGGAGGUACCGUAAUGGCUAGAAUGUAUGAUGCUGUGGUCCCUAUCCACCGUGUUCAAGCCGAAUUUCAAUGGCAAGGGUUCGAAGGCAAGACCCACUACGACGCCUCUGCAAUCACCAACCAUACCGAUAACUCUGGUAUCCGUUUCAUUUACCCAGCUGGUCAAGGCCAUGUCCACGAGGCACGAAGUGGAUGCACAGUUUAUCCUUGCAACACUGCUUAUCUUCAGGCUAAUGACGAGCAAACCAAGGUCACCUACCAAACUGAUAUGGUUAUCGAGAUUGGUACCCUUUACUAG